UUUGAAUAGUUUUUUGAUCAAUUCAAUUUGAAUUCAUAGAAAUUCAGCAUCUUUGUCGAGAACAAGAAAAAAAAGAAGAAAAGAAAAAAUGGCUACAAGUUUUGUCGUUGAUCGUGAAAAUCUUAAACAACGUCUUACAACCUUACAGUAUAAUGUAACACAAAAUGGAAAUACCGAAGAACCAUUUACAGGUAAAUAUAAUAAUUUCGAUGAAGGUGGAAUAUAUUCCUGUAUUGUAUGUGAACAACAAUUAUUUACAUCGGAAACCAAAUAUGAUUCUGGUUGUGGUUGGCCGGCAUUUUUCGAUUCAUUAGAUAUGAAUAAACUUUGUUUUAAACCGGAUUAUAAGAAAGCACCACGUAUACGUACAGAAAUUACCUGUGCAAGAUGUGAUGCACAUUUAGGUCAUCUAUUUGAAAAUGGUCCAAAACCAACCGGUAAACGUUUCUGUAUCAAUUCAGCAUCAUUGAAAUUUCAAUGUUUUCCACAGCGAUCCUAGCUAGAUAAUAAUUUCUUUCGUUAAUUUUAAUGACAAUAGUUUUUUUUAAUUUUGUAAAAAAACACCACCAACACUGCUACAUAUUUCACACGACCAUCAUCGGUUUUUUCUUGAUUGAUUAAAUAAAGCAUAAUAUCGUUAAA